CUGAGCACAACCCAAGUGAAUAGUUAGACAGGCGCCAUUGCCCAGAGACAUUGACUUUGCAACUGAUAAUGGGAAAUUAGAUGUCUUACAAUUUAAAAGAGAAUACGAGUGUGGAUUAUCUGUUAUUCCAUCUCCAACCGACCAUUAUUCUUCAACUUUCAGUCAAAUACCACCGAACAUGCUACGAAUUGACAGAAAUGAAAAGAAACGCAAACAUUUCAGCUUGAUGCAUGAGAACAAUGAAUUUCGGUAUCACAAAGAAAUCAAUGGGACAAUAUUCUGGGCCUGUAAAGUGGCAGGUUGUCCAGGGAUGCUGGAGGAACAGAACUACAAAGUCCGGACGAUAAGGGAACAUGUGCACAAAAGUCAUGUGAAUGAUAGACGAGCUAAGAAAUGGCAGACUAAUCCAUGGUACCAUACGCAAUCAGAAGACAAAUACAAUCAUGACCCAAUAGAAGCCUACAACAUCAACAAUAGUAUGAAAAUGUCACGUGACCCUGUCCAACCAGUUGACAAACCACUACCUCCAACACCCAGAGAAAACGAAGAGAAUAUGACACCUAGAUAUUUUUAUUUUGAUAUGCCCGCUAAGUCCCAUACAAAAUCUGCUAUACCUUCAGUCACCACUGGGCAGCUACCAGGUGGACCGAAGAGGGAACGGUUAGACUUCGGUAACGAUUUGUCAGAGAGCUCAGACAGUUUGAGAUCAGUCAUUGAAUGUAAUGACUACAGACAACGCCGAUUCUGGGUCAUCAUGGGAAUCAUCACACUCAUCGCACUCAUCACUGUAGCCGUGACACUGUCUCUCUAUUUCAUUGACAAAUCAAGGUUAAAUGAACAGCUGCCUAAACGAGGUGACGACGUUGUUCCACAGACGACUACUGAUGUGCAGUCUACCAUAGCAAGGGCAGACGAAGCACUAUCACAAAUUACCACAACAGCAAUAAACGGGGCACAACAAGUGCCAACACAAGGCGCAUCCACCAGUGUUUCCACACUUCAGGCUGUAGUCCGAGAUACUAAGGUUUCAACAGAUCCGAAUGUAGCGGCUCCGGCUGUGGAAUCAUCCCUGUCCAGUUCAACUACGACACAGAAGACAUCGUCAGCAUCAUCAACGACAAAGACCAUAUCUACCACAACAGUUCAGACUAGUUCUCUAUCUACAGCUCCUAUGGUAUUUUCCGGAUCCCUGAUUCUCAAUAGAACGUGGACAGCUGCACUGAGUGACGAUACUACACCACAGUAUAAGAUCCUUUCAAGAGCCAUUGAAUAUGAGUUGGACACUGCAUUUCUGACCAGUCCGCUGAAGUCUCUAUUUAACGAAAGCCAGGUGACGGAAUUCAGUUCUGGUAGUGUCAGAGUGUUCUUCAAGAUCGUGUUCCGCGUCACUGUAAUGCUUGACGGACAGGUGGAUACGUCAAGUGUGAACGUCACUGACGUCAGGCAGACGAUAGAGGACGAGGCAAGGAGGCAGCAGACGACACGAACCAAUGGCUACCUCAGUACAGUUAUGGCAGGAAGCAUAUCGGUCAAACUAGCUAAUGCCCCAGUCGUAUUAAUGGGAGACCUUUUUCUGAAUGAGGCUUGGAAUGAUUCCCUAAAUGACCCAACAUCGCCAAUAUCUCGGAAGCUGACAGCUCAGCUUAAGGCAGAGUUACAAGCCACCUUACUAAAGUUGACAGAAAACGACUUUCUCGAUGUAGAGAUUUUGGGAUUCAGGCCGGGUAGCAUAGAGGUUGUAUUCAGAAUUGUGAUGACAAUUAAUUCCACACAAAAUCAGUCGCAAAUCGAUGUAUCAACAAUUAUUCAAGCAAUCCAAAACGAGGCAAACCGCCAAUUGCAACAAGCGGUGUCUGGUCUUCUUCAGAAACUUAUAACGCUGACUGUGGACAACCAAACUUUGGCCAAUGCAACAUCAUCAUCAGUCACAUCAAUUACUCCCACUGUAGCAGCAACAAAUCUAGCAACCACUACCGACUUUGCAACAGCUAGUACUUCUUCUACACAGUCAACAGGAACAAAAGAGGUAGCAACUACCUUUGAACCAACAACUACUAUCGAAGCAAGUGCAACAAUGACUACUCAACAAACAACGUCCUUUAAUGCAGAAACUACUACUGUGCCAGUAAAAAGUACCUCAAAACCAACAAUUUCGACAGAAUCAAUCAAAACAACUUUUCAACUAGAAAUAUCUUCUUUUAAACUAGAAACUUCCACAGAUCUAAUCACGGCUACUACUGUACCGGUUUCAAGCUCCUCAAAACCGUCUGUUUUGACUGAAUCAAUCACAACUUUUCAACCAGCAACAACAUCUCUCAAACUAGAAACUUCCUCUGUGGUAAUAACAACCACCACUGUUUCAGUAACAAGUUCUUUUAAACCAAACAUUUCUACAAAAUUGAUCACAACUACUACUCAGCUAGCAAGCACAGUCACUACACAAUCAUCAGCAUCUACUUUGGAAGCAACAGCUAGUUCUAAAUCAGCAACAACUGUGAUUGAACCAACCGAAGCAACUAUUCAACCAGGAACAACUUCUUUCCAACCAAAGACUUCUUUUUCUGAAGCAAUCAUUUCUAGUACCCAACCAGCAUCAAUUACUUCGACACCAACAAUAAUUUACAGUAAAUCAAUUGCAACAACUCUUCAACAAGCAACAACUUCAUUAAAACCAACGACAUUCAGUGAAGUAAACACAAUUAGCAGUCAAUCAGCAACAACCUCCUUUAAACAAGAAAGUAUGACUGAAGCAACCAAAACUACUAUUCAACCAGCAACAACUACCAUGGAAGCUAUAAAAAGUUCAAAACCAGCAGCAACUUUAAUUGAAUCAAUCAUAAUGAUUACUCAACCAGCAGAAAGUACUUCUUAUCCAACAACUUUGAAUGUAACAAUCACAACUACAACCCAUCUUUCAAUCACACCCACUAUUCAACCUGCAACUACUAGAGAGGCAAUAAUCUCCUUUAAAUCAGCAACAACUUCCACUGAAUCAGAACCGUCAACAUUUUCUGAACCAAAAACUUCUUUUGAAGUAAUCGAAAUCACUUCUCACCUUGCAACAACUUCAACUGGAAGACUAUUCACAACUCAACAAGCGCUCACAACCAGUAAAGCAUCAGCUUUUACCCAACUAAUGUCAAUCUUUGACGCAACAACUGGUAUUUAUCCAAAAUCUACAACUGAAGGAAUCCAAACUAUCCAAUCAUCAAUAACGACUGCUUACACAUACAUCAGUUUUACGCUAGAAAGAACUAUCAACGAAACAGCUAUAAUUUCUCUGCCAGUAACAACUACUAGUCAGUCAGUAUUUAAAGCUAAUGAAACAGUAUCCAUUACUCAACCAGAAACAAUUACCGCUAAAUCACCCAUCUCUUCACAAAUUGAAACAACCAUUAUUCAGCCAACAGCUUCGUUUAUAACACCAUCAAGUACUCAACUAGACGUAAUUACUGUUGGAACUUCAGCAAUUUUGCAGUCAAUCAUUUCUACCAUUGAAGCAAACUUUACUCAACCAAGACCAACUGAAAAAAUAACCCCUACUUUAUUAGUAGCAACUACCUCUCUACCAACACAAUACACACCUACCCCUCUACCAACCUCCAAACAAUAUACAACUUCCUCUCUACCAACCUCUACACAAUAUACAACUUCCCCUCUACCAACCUCUACACAAUAUACAGCUACCCCUCUACCAACCUCUACACAAUAUUCAACUACUCCUCUACCAACCUCUACACAAUAUACAACUUCCAUGACAACAGCUGCUACACCGGAUGUGUGUCAGGAUAAAACAUCAAUCGUGGCUAAUGGAUGGGUGUGCGUUCUUCCUUACUACAGUACUAUUACUACCGAAGUUGAUGUUGAUAUGUUUUGCAAGGUUAUUCGAGAUGUGCUGAACUGUACUGUGAACAAUGUAGAAAAGGAGUUAAAUAUCUCCUGUCCAUCCAAUAGCUUGAAAACAGUUGCCAGUGUGUAUAGUCCUUUACUUCGCGAUUCGAUAAAGAUGAAACACGACCCAGUUGAGUGUAACUUGGAACCUCUCAAUGAAAUCUGCUUUUCCCAAGAAAUAUUUGAAACUUCUGAGUUUCAACAGUGCUUCAAAACUUUCAAUUUACUCUCCGAUUUACCCAACUCAAUGGAAAAAGAAGAAAGAUGCAGAAUUUACACACACUCUCUUCGAUGUGUUGGAGAAAACAUAGCAGACUGUGAUGCUGGUAAUAUCCACAAACUUAUUAAUUCCAGCAGUUUAGAAAUUACCGGGCGUAACAGCAGUGUUUAUGAUCUUAAAUGCUCAGACUUGGAACCGUCUCAGUCAUUCUGUGAUGACAAAGAAGCUUUACUUCUACACAUAUAUGGGAAGUGUUACAUUAACCUGCUGAUUCUCUCUAGGACUUCCUGCAUCACGGUUGAUUCUCUUAUGGACUGUGCUUACAAUCAAACAGGAGAACUGUACUUUAACUGCUCCAAAACUUCCAUCAGAUCAUCCCUAAAUAAUGCAUCAUCGUUUUAUGAAAGGAAGUUUCCUGGAUAUGGUCAACAAAUUGCAACAUGUAUACAAAUCACAGACACAAAUUGCAGUAUAGCAGUCCAGGAUAUUUAUAGUCAUCCAGAAGCCCAGAAAUGCUUGGGAAUCUACUUGUUACUGUUACUUACAAAUGGAUCUGCUGCACUGUCGGAUAAAACACAAUGCUAUACAUACCAAUCAGUUGUACAUUGCGUAAAAGAUCGAUUGGCUUCCUGUACAGUGCAAGACUUUGACAGUCUUUUAAGGCCCUUGGUGGCAGGUGUAUACAAACAGAAGAUUUCACCAUUAUGUCAAGUAAAUGAUGUCUUAGCUCCUGCCUGCACAAUAGAAAGUGUCAUAAUAGACAAUGCUGAUAUAUACUGUAAAUCACCACUGGCAGUUCUCCAAGCUUCAUGUAGUUUAACGUCCGUCAGUAUGUACGUGGGAUGUAUUUCGAGCACAAUGAGCAUGUUUAACAACACGUGCACAGAAGAUGAAGUUCGCUCUGCUAUGAUCAACGCAACGAAUUAUUUUGAAAAACUGUUUCCAGGGGAGGGCCUUAACAUAUCCAAGUGUAUAGAAACGCAGGAAAAGGGAAAUUGCACAGUGGACAAAGAAUUCUUCAGUACACCAGGAUAUAUACGCUGUAUUGCUCCAUUUCAUUAUGGAAUGACAUCUGGGCGUGGUGGUAAUUUAACUGAAACAAAAUGCAGAACUUACCAGAGGAGCUUAGAAUGCACCAGUAAACUUAACCCAGCCUGUUCUCUCAAGGAUUAUGACGCAAUGAUUUCGUUAUACUAUAAAUCUUUAGAAACUCCUUUACUAGAUCCGUCAGAUUGUCCAAUGAACAGGAGUCUUCCUAACUUCUGUACAAGUACAAAUGAGAUCAUGUAUAUAGUCAGUGUUUUCUGCCGAGACCAUUUUGAAUGGAUUAGGGACUUCUGCCCCCAUUCAAUAGAUAAUUUUAUGGAAUGUGUUGCAAACUGGACAUCAAGAACGGCAUAUGAAUGCGACGAGAACAUUAUCAUGGAAGUAAUCUCUAAUGAUCAGAUGUUUUAUAACAGUAUUCUCCCUGGAUCGGGGUCUGCAAUCACUGCGUGUAUAUCACUGAAGAGACUGGCGUUCACGAUAAAGAUGAUGUCUGGCUUCUUUUGGGACGAUUCCUUGCUGAAUCCAGAUUCUUCUUAUUUUCAAGAUUUAAGUAAAAUCAUCGCUGGAAAUUUUGAGAAAACCUUUGGUGCGGUCCCAGGAUUUCUUAAUAUUUCUGUGUCCUCUUUUAGGAAAGAUACAAAAUAUUUGGACAUGGCUCUGAGAUAUGAUAGUUCUAUGUUGUCAGGAGUUGAUUUUAUGGAUGCGAUCCAGUUGGCCGUUCAGAACCGGACAAUUGAUCAACUUCAAGUGGAAAACUACUUCUUGUACAGAGGAGAGCUAAAGGAUGGCGAGUGUCCUACUUUACAGAGCAAAGGGGAUUGUCUGGAAGAAUGUCAAAUGGACAGUAACUGCACAGGGUCUGAGAAAUGUUGUUAUAAUGGGUGCGGGUAUACCUGUCAAAAACCAGUUUCUGGCAUCCAUCCUUGUGAAGACUACGAGCUUUUAGGACAGUCAGGAGAACAGUGUUCUGGGGCUUUAGCUCAAAAUCUGACAUCAGCUUCUAACAGAGAACAGUUCUGCCUCGUGUCUGAGAAGUUCCUGAAUUGUGUAUACGAAGGCAUUUUGAAAGAAACAAAUGUUCAAUGCUCGAAAGAUCAACUCAUUACAGCUCUGAAAACAUUUGGACCUGUAAUGAAAUCAGUGAUGAACCUUCAGUCUAAUCCUGCUGAGUGUUACGAAGACUUGACUUCACAAAUGUCAACAACGUUGGAAUUUACCACCCCUCAAACAUUGACAGACUCUUCUACAACACCACAGUCUGUUUUAUUACGAUACUGUCGAGACAGUAAUACAAUUAUUUCAAAAGGUUGGAGAUGUGUUGUUCCUGCAGUAAUGAAUAUUACAACAGCCAAGAAUUUUGCCGAAUUUUGCAGCUUUGUUGAUAUGGUUUAUAUAUGUAUAAUGGAUGGAGUAGCGGCUGAAUACAACUUGACAUGCAGACAAAGUGAUAAAGAAUUUGCUAUCCAUUUGUUUAGUCCUAUGUUUAAGACUGCAUUCAACUUGGAGUAUAAUCCAGGAAGCUGUUUUGCGCAUGAAACCACAAUUAGUACUUUUUCAUGGAUAUCAACACAGUUUACGACAUCACUACCGUCCAUUGCCACCACCAUAGCAACAAUGACCACGCCCACUACUCCUUCUCCAUUAUUGGCGAAAUGCAGCGAUACAGACGUAAUUCUGUCCAAAACUUUACAAUGUGUUCUCCCAAAUUUUGCCAACAUCACAGCAGCUAUGGACGAAGUGGAAUUUUGCAGAAUUGUAGACCUAAUAUUUGUCUGUAUCAUGACCGAAAUUGGAUCAGAGUUUUCUGUCCUGUGCAGAGAAAAUGACAAAGAAGUAGCCAUAGAAUUUUACGGUCCUACUUUGCAGUCCGAGCUAAGCCUGAAUUCCAAUCCUGUAAACUGUUAUUUAAAGACUUCGAGCACAGUUACUACGCCCUUGACAUCACUAUCCUCUGCGGAACCAAUCAUGACAACAACAGAAUCCGUUCAAAGUACCACAGAAGAAUUUUCAUCCACAACGACGACUUCCCAGAAGUUCGAAUCGACGGAAAUGACGACUCAACCUUCAAAAAUGACUCCAACAACAGUCACACAAUCACCGUUCUCUGGCAAAUGUCGUGAUAAGCAGGAAGUUUUGUCAAAAGGCUGGCAAUGUGCGUUGCCAUUAUUUGUAAAUGUAACAACCGCUGGUAACCUGCUUAUGUUCUGCAGUUCUUUUGAAAUGAUAUUUGACUGUAUAAUGGAUGGAAUUGAAUUGGAUUAUGGAGUAAAUUGUACUGAAGAAGAUAGGAAUAACAUUACAUUUUUCUAUGCCCCAAACCUGCAAUCAGCCAUGGCAUUGAAAUAUGAUCCAAAAGAAUGCUUUUUACUAAAACAGACAACAGUUUCUCCAGGCAGCUCUAUGAGACCAAUAACAACAGAAUCCCCGUUAUUAGCAGUAUGUGAAGACAGUGAUACCAUCCUAGCUGUAGGAUGGAUAUGUGCGCUUCCACUCUAUAUGAAUAUAUCUAGAGAAACCGAUAUGUCUGUGUUCUGCAGGCAAGACUUUAAAUUCAAAUCAUUUACCAAAAAGGAACCAUAG